AUGCCAUGCGAAUGGAGGACGAGACGGACGGCAAAAUUCUCCAUCGAGGCCCGAUAUCUUCUUUCUCGGAGGGUUGAUACGAUUUUGGACUGCCUACGAAGGAUUCGCCAGCGGGCAGCUGAGUGCACAUCUUGGGAUACGAUCAUCGCUUCCGCACCUCAACUACCGCUGCCUGAACCUGAUCCCCUCGAUACGGAACUGAUAGACGGACACAAGAUUGGCGAUGAAAGUGACUCGUCAGACACCUGGGGAUUCGAGAAUUGUGACGUGGAUUCUCAGCUAGGCGGCAAUACAACGACAGUAGAGGUCGAAGAGAAGCAGAAACAUAACGCAACGCCAAAUCUUCUUUCUACCCCGUGGGAGGAAACAGUACUUUGCGAUCUUACCACGAGAAUUAUGAAAAUAGAGGCACAAAGUCAGGAUACCGCCUCGCUACUGCUCUAUAAGAACGGUGCGACGGAACACUGGGUUCUCAAUCAGUGUGCUCAAACCGACUCCCAAGCCGCGUCAACACUCCUAAGCGAUUUCCUAGAGCUGCACCCGAUUCUGACACUUCCAGCACCCAGAUCUUCCUGCUCUUCCUCUUCAUACUCCUAUUACUCUUCAUCCGAAGAAGACUCGAGCAUCGGCCCAGGUGCGGACGGAAACGGCUCCGACUUCACGCGAAACGGUGAUUCGGAUUCUUGCCUCCAUAGCCAGCCAGAAGUAGAGGAAAUCUCGGCCACACAGCUCGCCAAGUUGGGUCAAUUGAUUUACAACAUCGAAAGGUUCAGCCAGUACCUCAACUCAAGUCUUGACAAAGAACGCAAAUCGCAUCGCGUCCAGGAUGAGCGGUGGAGUCUUCGGGAAUCUGACGGAAACGUGGCUGCACUCAUGAAGUCUCGCGGCUACACCAGCCCACUCCGCCAGUGCAUCACGGUUGAUGAGCAAUGGCCUUCGGAAUGGGACCUCCUUGCUCCAGAGAUACGGCCAUUUUAUGACAAAUAUGCUCCUGCGCCGAAGAUCGAGCCGAUCGAGCCCAAGGAGAAAAAACCUGCUAGGGAGCCUCGUUGGUAG